AAACUAAAUAAUUUUAAAAAAACUAGAAACUAACAAUUAAUUAGAUUAGAAAAUAAAUACCAAUUUAUAUAUCAAAAAUAUUUAAGAAAAGCAUCAAUGAAAUAAAUUUUAAACGUAGCUGAAAAGCCUUCUGUAGCUAAGGAAAUAUCAAGAGUAUUAGGAAAUGGAUCUUAAAAAACUUUAGAUAGUGAAUCAAAGUAUAAUCCUGUAUUUUAGUUUGAAUAUAAACUGAAAUAAGAAUAAGUUAAUAUGUUAUUCACUUCAGUAACAGGGCACUUAAUUUCAUAAAAAUUCGAUGAUAAAUUCAAAAAUUGGAAAUCUUUUAACCCUUCAGUACUAUUGGAUUAAUCAUCUGAAAUUUUAAAAUUUGUGGAAAGUGAUAAAAUCAGCAUAUAAAGAAAUUUAAUAAAAUGGGCACGAUAAGUUGACACUCUUAUUCUUUGGUUGGAUUGUGAUCGUGAAGGAGAAGCUAUAGCUUAUGAAGUCAUAGAUAUUUGCAGAGAAAUCAAUAAAAAUUUAUUAAUUAAGAGGGCAUGGUUUUCUUCUUUAGAUAGGUUAAAUGUUACAAAUGCAAUUAAUAAUUUAAGAGAUCCUAGAAAGGAACUUUCAGAGGCAGUAGAAUCGAGAAUGGAAAUAGAUUUAAGAAUUGGUUCUGCAUUUACGGUGUUCUAAACACUCAAUUUAAAAAAUAAUUUUUAAAGCUUAAAAGACAAAAAGGAAGUUAUCAGUUAUGGACCUUGCUAAUUUCCUACUUUAGGUUUUGUUGUAGAUCGCUACAAUUAAAUUUUGAAAUUUUAAGAUGAGAAGUUUUGGUAUAUUCAGCCUUCAUAUUAAUGGAAAGAUAAUAACAAAACUUUGACUGUUGAUUUAAAGUGGAGUAGAGGGAGAUUAUUUGACUAAGCUAUUGCAUCUGUUUUCUAUUUGAAUUGCACUUAGAAUGAAGAUGGUGAGUAUGAUCCUAAAGGUAUUGUUGUCAAGAAAAAUGAAAGAGAUACAACUAAAAUAAGACCUUAUCCUUUGACUACAGUUGAUUUAACAAAAUAGGGCUGUAGGAUACUGAGAAUGGCUUCAGAAAAAAUAAUGCAUACUGCAGAACAGCUCUAUUAGAGUGGUUAUAUCAGUUAUCCAAGAACUGAAACAAAUAAAUAUCCUGACACAUUUUAAAAUGGUUAGUUAAUGGAUUUAGUUAGAAACCAAAAACAAUCAGACGAAUGGGGAUUCUAUUCAUCGAAUCUGAUAGAUUAAGGAAAUUUUUAGAGACCUCGUGCUGGUAAAUAAGAUGAUAAGGCACAUCCUCCUAUUCAUCCUAUUAAGCUUGCAAAUAAAAAUUAAUUAAAACCUGAAGAGUGGAAGGUUUAUGAAUUUAUAACAAGACAUUUCUUAGCAUCUUGCGGUAAAGACGCAGUUGGUGCUAAAACAGAAGUUGAAGUUAAAUUCAAUGAUGAAAGUUUUAAUAUUGAUGGUUUAGUUGUUAAAGAGAAAAAUUAUUUAGAAAUUUGGACUUAUGAAAAAUGGAACGACUCUAUUGUGCCUCCACUUUAACCUGGAUAAGUGAUUAUUCCCUAAAAGAUUCUGCUAUAAGAGGGAAAAACAACUCCUCCAAAACCCCUUACUGAAUCAGAACUUAUUGAUAUGAUGAAUAAAAAUGGUAUUGGAACUGAUGCUACCAUGCACGACCAUAUCCUUACUAUUUAAAAAAGAGGAUAUGCAGUUAAGAAUUAACAUCUUAUGUUUACUCCCACACCACUUGGAUUAGCUCUAUGCCACGCCUAUGAUCAAUUAGGCUUAACUUUAAGUAAGCCAGACUUAAGAGCAAAGAUGGAAAGAUUAAUGUCAGAUGUAGCUGAAGGAAAGACUACAAGAGAAGCUAUCAUAACAUAAAUUAUGGAAGAGAUGAAAUCAAUUUAUAAAACAGUUGAGCAAAAUAAAUAACUUUUCAUCAAAUCUGUAGGCGAGCAGCUAAAAGAACAAGAAAACAGUGCUUCCACUCUCAAUAAUAGUAAUAUUUAGCCUGGAAGUGAAUGUGGAAAGUGCUAAAAAAUAAUGGAACUACAAACUAAUGAUUACUAAAGAUAAUUGGUCUGCAAUCCAUGUAACAAAAGCUACUCCAUACCAAAAAAUGGAAAUCUAAACUUUAGAAAUGAAAGAUGCCCGUUAUGUAAUUUUUAGGUAUUAGAAGUUACCACUGAUAAAGGAAUUAGUUAUAAUAUAUGCCCUUCUUGCUACAAUAACCCUCCAUAUGAAUAAGAUAUAGAGAACUCAAAUGCAAAUUCUGAAGAUUCUAAUUUUAAAAAAACUUCUAUGCCUUGCUAUAAGUGCAUCAAUAAAAAUUGUAGCCUUUCUGGAGGUCUCAAAAAUAUUUCUCUUUACAAUUGCCCAUGUUGCAACUCUCCUAUUUAAAUAAGAGAGACCAAAAAAGAUAAAAAACAAUUUAUAGGAUGUACUAAAUACCCAGAUUGCGACUGGUCUGUAUUUUUACCAAAAGAUAUUUUAUAAAUUUUCCCAACAAGUUAAGAAUGCUAAUCUUGCAAAGAAAAUAACAGAAAAAGUCUAUUAGUAGAGGUAAAAUUCGAAGAAGGGGGUUAAUAUGACACUUUUUGCAGAUAAGAUAAUAUUUGUGUGUAUCCAGGAUGCAAUAGUAGUUUGAAGGAAGUAGGAUUUACUUUCAAAGAAGCUAAUUAGUCAAAAGCUAAUAAGAACUAAAAUUCCAACACAAGCUUCUAGAAUAACUAUAACAAAAAUAAUUUCUAGAAUUAACGAAAUAAUAAUAGAUAGUAUUCACCUAAAAAUGCUGCAUUUCAAAACAACAACAAUAACAAUAACAAUAACAAGAGUAAUUAUUAAUAAAAUUUUACAUGUUACACAUGUAAAUAACCUGGUCAUACAAGCAAUAACUGUCCAACUAAAAAUGCAAGCUUUAAAAGUGGAAAUUAGUAAUAUACUUCUUUUAAUAAGUAAAACACUAGCAACACUUUUAACAGUAAUUAUAAAAACUUUAAUUCUAAUGCAACCCAAAAUAGUAAUAAUAAUUGGUAAUCAAACAAUUAAGGAACAAGCUAAUUACAAAAUUUAAAUAACUACACUUGCACUAAAUGUGAUUAAUAAGGACAUUUGGCUAGCUAAUGCCCAUAAAAGAAUAUCCCUAAUAAUAAUCUAGGUAAAUAAGAAUAGGAUUAAUAAGGAGCAGAAAAAUAAAAAAGACAAUAAAAAUAGUGUGAGUUGUGUGGUGCUUUCCGCCAUACUAAGAAUAGCAACUGUCAAAAUAAUAAAAAUAAUUAAAAUAACUAAUGA